CAUUGAGCUUCCAUGAAGUAUAAAUAUUGCUGGAAAGGUGGUUUGUCUUGAGAUAAAUAAAGACAAGCUCCUAGUCCCAUGUCCUUUUAAAAUUCAAUCCUAAGUAUUAUUUUCAGCUCCAUUCUUCAAGUUUCCACAAGUCCUCAUUAUGGCCAAAACUAUAGUCGUGGUAGGAGCAACUGGCAUCCAGGGUGGUGCUGUCGCUACCAAGUUUCUCUCAUUGGGAUGGAACGUCCGAGGAAUCACUCGAAACACCUCAUCGCCAUCAGCUCAGGCUCUCUCAAAUCGAGGUAUCGAGGUUGUCAGUGUCGACCAAGACGAUCUAGCCUCACUUAUCACAGCUUUCUCUGGCGCAGAAGUGAUCUUCGCUGUUACGAAUUUCUGGGAACCGUUCUUCAAAAAGUAUGAAGAGCUUUCAAAGCAGGGAGAUCGGGCCACCGGCGGAUAUGCUGCUGCCAUCGAAGUCUGUCGAGGCAAAGCAAUGGUUGACGCUGCCGCCAAAGUUUUACAGGAUGAAAGCAAACUUGAGAGAUUCAUUUGGAGUCCCUUGCCCUCCUUCAAAGAGUUCAGUAAAGGGAAAUAUUCCUAUGCGUAUCAUUUUGAUUCAAAAGCGGAGGUUACGAAGUAUUUGCAGCUAGAGCAGAAGGAUUUGUGGGAGAAGAGCAGUUUGCUGAAUAUGGGCAUAUACACGACAAAUGUGAAAGAUUAUGAGGACACCUUCAGACCCAAAAAAACGAAUGAUGGUUCAGGUGAAUGGAUCUUCCCCCGUGUCAGUCCAGUUGCAGCAGAACAUCCAUUUGUCGUACCAGCUGAUACAGGUGCUUUCGUGGAAUUGUUGGUCCGAAGUCCCCCAAAGCAGAACCUAUUAGGAGUCAGCGAAUCAGCAAGCUUCGUGCAGUUUUUUGAUGUUUGGGGACAGGUGACUGGAAAAAUAGUCACUUGCAAAGAAGUUCCUAUUGAAGCGCGAGGUAAGCCUCAUCCAGGAGGACUUGAGAAAGAAGCAUCAAAUUCUACGACUUGUAGUGGGGAAUUCGGAUGGGGAGACGUGGUUGUGCCUAAGGAUCUCAAUCCCAAUGUCAAACUCACCAGCCUAAAGGAGUUUUUUGAAAGCGAAGACUGGACCGAAUUUGAAUAAAUGUAUUUAAAGAGACAUGAAGUUGCUUUUGAUGUUGAAAAUCAUUGAAUUGCUCUACCUGAAAUAAUGAUUACGUCUCACGAAAUCAUUUCAUAUGAUUACCUCAACGAUAAAUAAAUCAUGGCAGAAAUAUCAUUACGCAUUCAAUGAUCCAUGGUCAAAAGAAAUUAGUAUGAGAAUUGUAAGGUGAAGAUGCCAUGCAUUCCGUGAUGCUAGCAAGCAAAAGGAAGGAAGGGAAAAUUGGCAAAUAGGAGAUCUUGUGGAGAGUUGGACUUGAGAUAUGGAUGCCGGAAGAAGUGCCUUCGU